UUGACUUGCAUUAAUUUCCUCCUGGUUCCUACAAAAACCGUUUGCCCUCACGCCGACCCGCCCGCCAAAAGCUCAAGGUAGGGGGAGCCCUUCCAAUUCCCGGCUUGCCCACCGAUCCCCAGAAAUCUUUCCCCGCCGGAUAUUCCAAGCCCACGCCGCGGAGCCCGUGCUCCCGCGAGCCGCGCCAAGGACGCCGCCCGCCUCAUCCAAAAUGGCCCCGCCCGCCCCGGCCGGCGCGCGCGAGCUCGUCGUCCCCGCCGCGCCCGCGCGGCCGGAGGAGCCUCAGGCUCCCCCUCCCCCUCCGCAUGAUCGGGACGUCGCCAAGCGCGGGCGCCCCGGCCCCCGGCCCCAGGGCGCCGGCGCGCGCAUCCUGUCCCUCGGCGUGCGGGCUGCGGUGAUGGCGGCCGCGAUCGCGAUCUUCCUCCUCUUCGCCGCCGCGUCCGCCGUGCUCCUCCUCGUCCUCGUCGUCGCCGCGCGCGCCUUCCGCCACCACCGCGGCAGCCGCUACCGCGUCCCGUCGCCCGGCCCGCCGUCGCCGCUCCGCGCGGGGCUCUCGCCCGCCGACCUCCGCCGCCUCCCGACCUUCGCCUUCCCCUCCCCCCCGCGCGGCUGCGACGGGACCCCCUCCGCCUCCCCGUGCGCCGUGUGCCUCGAGGCCGCGCGCGCCGGGGAGCGGUGGCGCGCGAUGCCGGCCUGCCGGCACGCGUUCCACGCCGCCUGCGUCGACCGCUGGCUCGCCAGGUCGCCCGCCUGCCCCGUCUGCCGCGCCGCCGUUGCCGUCCCGGCGAGGUGAUGCCGCGUCCUGCCCACGCGUGGGCAAUACACCAUACAGGUUUGGUUCUCGUUCGGUGCUCGGCAGAGUGCUCCGUGCCGUGCCGUGCCGUGUACGAUUGAUAGCUGCUGUACACUCCGCCAUGAAAUUUCUGCUUUUGUAAAGAGAGAUGCAGAAAAGGAAAUGAACCCAUAAAAGAUUGCCGUUUCUAAGAAAUUUUCGAUGUUAAGUUUACAACAUCGGGAAUUCCAUGCUCUGUGUUGUAGUGCACCAUGUGAAUUCUGAAGCAUGAGGAUUGGUUUGCCGCAACAUCCUGUACGGGGAUUAAUGUCUGAUGGGUACUGCUUAACAAUAGAAUUUGAAUGAUGUGAUCCUUCUCCCGCGCAACAAUAUAAUAGUGGUGUAGAAAGCUGGAGACUGAAGAAAUUUUGGAACUUCUGAAUAAUUCCGAAUUUAGUUGCACACUCAGGUACUUGAACCGAGGCACCGAGCAUUUAUAUUCUUGACCCAUUUAUUUCCAACUGCUAACUGCUUUCUUUCUUCCUC